AUGCAAUUUGAAUCAUCAGAUUUUGCUGAAAUAACACCAAAAGAUGUAGAAGCAAAUAAACCAAUUGUUCGUAUUUAUAAUCUUCCAAGAAUUCUUGAUGAACGUGAUUUAAGAAGAUAUUUCUCUCAAUAUGGAGAAUUAAAAGGAUUAGCUAUUAAGAAAACUGAUUAUGGAGUAAGUAAAGGAACUUGUGUUGUUAAAUUUGCUGAUUGUGUAGUAGCACGUAUAGUAGCAGAAACAUUAAAUAAUCAUAUUUUAGAAAAUCGAUUACUUCGUACAGAAUUAUGUGAAGCAAAAAAACAUAGAUUUCAUUCAACUUAUCCAGUUUCAAAAGAACAAAGAAGAAAAGAACCACAAAUCAAAGUUAUUACUCAAAAAGAUGUUGAUGAAAGAAAAGCUUCAAAUGAAGAAUUAAGAAAGAAAUUAGAAGAACUUCAUAUUGAUUUUGAUUUCCCACAAUAA